AUGACAAUCGCCACCACCACAACUCAAGAGACGUCCUAUCCAGCACAAAAGUCCCUUACAACGUCGAAUCGCCCGCACCUUGAACGUAUGGCGGCCAAUGAUCCGGCAUCCACCCAUGCCAAAGUAGUCGAACUCGUUCGCCGGGAUGGCGGUGUUGUGUUGACCGGCCUCGCUAACAACGACCUCGUCACUCGCAUCCGCAAAGAACUGAAACCAGUGUUCGAGGUAGACAUCCCCGACGCGUCGGGAUUCUUCCCUGCCACCACCCGCCGUGCAACUGGCCUGUUGGGGUUUUCGGACGGGUGCAUUGAAUUGGCGACAAACAAGCUCUGGAUCGACGUUGCCAACGAGAUCCUAACCAGUACCUGCCGACCGUGGUAUGGAGAGAAACGAGCACAUUUCGUCUCGAAACCUAUCCUGGCCGGUACUUUCGGGUUCCAAAUUCAUCCGGGAUCCCGACAGCAGGAUCUUCAUCGUGAUGAUAGUGACUAUCAUCUUCCCCAAGGCCUUGAUUCGUGUAUGCUCGGCCUUCUCGUUGCCCUGACCAGAACCACGGCGGAGAACGGGGCCACCUUGGUCAUCCCACAAUCUCAUACAUGGGAUUCUGAACGGGCACCUAAGGAGGAGGAAGCCAUCCCGGUGGAAUUGGAGCCCGGCGAUGCACUCAUCUUUGGAGGAAAUGUGUUCCAUGCCGGCGGAGCCAACAAGACCAAGGACGAGGUUCGUGAAGUCGUCGGUCUGUUCAUGUGCAAGGGCUUCAUGCGACCCGAGGAAAAUCACUGGCUCGCCGUCCCUCCACCCAUGGCGAAAAAGUUAUCCCCACAGGUCCAGCGGCUCCUAGGCUAUGGCAUCAGCCCUCCGGCGGUUGGUUUCUACAGAUACAAGGAUCCGAUGGAGGUUUUGUUCGGGGUAGAGGAUGAAGAGACAGUGCGACUCUGA